AUGUCUGGUUCCUCUCUUGCUCCUCCUAAGAAAGCUGAUAGUGCGAUUCGCUCACAGUGGCUUACCGGCAAUGCUACUGCUCGCCUCUCCGUUCGCAACCACCUACCAUUAGCCGAACACGUGCACUUUAGCCAGUACAAGACUGCUAAAGCACUGUCUCACGUUGAAGUCGCGCGUUACUCCUCCCCUGCCACUGCUGCUCUAGACCUCACUGUCGACCUGCUUGAGAAGCAUCUCCUUGCAGCUAAGACUAGCAUAGUCGCUGUAGCUGCUUCUCGUGGCACUCCUCGCACUCCCUUCUUUGAGGGGUGUUCCCCCUCCCCCCUUGCCCCCUCUGUCGCUUCUGCUGCUGCUGUUGACUUCCUUCAUGCUGAGAAGGUCUAUACUGCGUCUGCUCCUAGUGGGGGGCGCUGUAGUGGCAAGGGCAAGGGAGGCAAGAGUGGUGGGGGUGGCGGCAGUGGAGGUGGUGGUGGAGGCGGUGGAGGCGGUGGAGGUGGCGGUGGUGGCGGUGGGAGUGGUGGUGGGGGUGGAGGCGUCGGUGGCGGCGGUGGUGGUAGCGGUGGGAGUGUUGGCGGCAGUGGUGGCAGCAAUGGGGGUGUUGGCGGCGGCAGUGGUGGCGGUCGGGGUGGAGCGGUCCAGAGGGGAGGUUCUGGCGGUGGCCAGAGGCAGCAGCAGCAGCGUCCGCGCGAGACCCUUACGCCCCAGAAGCUUUGUGAGUGGUUUGCUCAGCGUGGGGCGUCUGGGGGUAGUGUUCGCUGCCCGUAUGUCAUUCGCACAGGUGAUCGGGCUGGUCAGACAUGCGGGAAGGUUGGUCACACCCAGUACCGCUGCUUCUCCCGCCUUGACGACGCCUGGCGCGCAGAGUUUGGCGACGAGGCUGAGCUCCCCCACUGGCGAGAGUUGCUUAGGACCGAUGUAGAUAUCUUUGCUCUUGACUAUGAUGCUAUUCUUGCUGCCAUGUAUGCUUUGACUGUUAGUGCUGAGGGUGACUGUUACUUGUGUGUGUUGCCCGACCCAGGUAUAGAGGUUGCUGCUCUAGGUGCUAGUGCGUCUGCUCUCUCUGGUACAUCGCCUGCUGAGGCUUUGCACACCUUCACGCUUGACUUAGGUGCUUCCUGCUGCUUCUUUCGCGACAGUACCACAGUCACACCACUCCCGGCACCUGUUGCAGUCUCACUGGCCGACCCCUCAGGGGGCUCGGUUUUUGCACGUCCCUCCACUGUUCUCCCGUGUCUGGCAGUUCCGUCCGGUUCACUCUCAGGUCUUCACCUCCCCUCGUUCUCUACGAACUUGGUGAGCAACGCUGUUCUCCAGGAUGCGAUGGUCACUACCACCACUCCUGGGGGUCAGCGUGUGGCGAUCUGCACGUGUGCACGGACGGGCCGUCACCUGGCCACGUUCACCCGUCGGCCAGGGUCGAGCCUGUACACACUGACUACUGCGCCUAUACAAGUGGCUACGUCUGGUCAGGUGUCCGCGUCAGGUCAGGUAGCAGCCCCCUGUUCGUGUCGCCUCCUCACGCACCAGACUCUCCUUUGGCACCACCGCCUUGGUCACCCCUCCCUGCCACGCCUUCGUGGUAUGCGAUCCCGCCUCCUUGUCUCUGGUCUUCCCAGGUCUCUGCCUCCCCUCCCGCCCUCGCCUGCGCCACCCUGCCUUCCUUGCGUCGAGGGGCGGCAGCGCGCUGCUCCUCACUCCUCCUCGUUUCCCCCGACGACUGCUCCCCUGCAGACUCUCCACAUGGACGUGUGGGGCCCAGCCCGUCAAGGGGGAGGUCCCUGA